AUGUUUCCACCGUCUCAAAAACCAUACCAACCUAGCAAACCAAAACGUGGUCGUCAUGCUUCAAAAGUUGCAUGCAAUAAUGGUAACCCUAACCCUAACCCUAGAAAUAGGAGGGACAUUUUGAUUGGGCUUGGAGGACUUUAUGGUGCUACUAGUCUUAGUGGUAACAGCAGAGGUUCAGCCUUUGGUGCUCCGGUGUCCCCUCCAGACCCAACUAACUGUGUUCCACCACAAGUGCCGGGCGAAGAAGAUGCCAAUUGUUGCCCUAGAGAACCUCACCGCCAGGACAUGGGGCCAAAGAAGGAGGUAGAAAAGGAAAAGGAGGAGGUGUUAGUGGUGGAGGUUGAGUAUGAUAUGACUGAGGAUGUGAAGUUUGAUGUGUUUAUCAACGACCAAGGUGACGAUGAGAUAGGACCCGAGGAUUCGGAGUUUGCGGGAAGCUUUAUGAUAUUGGCUCAUUCACAUGGCCACCAAAGCAAGAGGACAACAAAUUCCUUCAGAAUGGCAAUAAUGGAUCUGUUGAAAGACUUGCGAGCACAAGACGAUCAAAGUAUUGUGGUCACACUGGCUCCAAGAUAUGGGAACAAGCCCGUCACAAUUAAGGUCAUAAAGAUAAAGCUUGUACCUCUGGUGGAGUAUGUGUGGUGUGAGACCUUUAAUUUUUAA